AUGCAAGGAUCUACACUCGGAAGUUCGGCUCGGCGCAGCGGAAACAGUUGCGGUAGUUACGAGGAGCUCGCGGCCACGGUGGAGAAGGUGCUGCAUCAUGUGCAUAACGCGGAACGGGUGAUACUCAAGGAGUCCAAGGCAGCCGCGAAGGACAGGGCAGAGAACCGCGUCCUGAGGGAGGUGAUGAAACGCGCUGUUGCUCACUUGGAGGAUAGCGCGGGUAACCUGAAGGGGGUGGUAGUGGACUCCAUGGAAACCGCCCAAAAGAAGAUAGAUGGCGCGUCGUCCAACAUUGCGGCCACCUCCGAACGCGCGAUCACAACAAGCGGCGUGACCAACGCGUUCAACACUGUCAUCACCAUGCUUUCCGGUCGUUCCGAGCAACGCCUAGGCACAGUGGGACCGCAUGAGGCAGACAGGGUCGCGGACAAGGAGGCCGCGAAGAAGGUCGCGGACAAGGAGACAGGGAAGAGGGUCGCGGACAAGGAGACAGGGAGGCCUGAGAGCAGCCUCGGAGGGAAGAGGCAGAAAGGUCCCGUGGUUCCCAGUGUCACCGACCUCCUGAAGAGCAAGGGGGGCGCGGUCGAUCUGCGUGCAGGGCAGAUCCCGAGGGGAACCACCAGGGCGGAUGCUACUGCGAGACCACCGCCUUUGUCCACGGCUUUAGUUUCUCGUAAGGGCAAGGCCAAGGUUGAGGACGCUCCGCCGGCGGCCACCACCACUGCGACCACCACCAACGCGCUCACCCCCACCGUGCUCGUGCCAGCGGCAGGCAACACCGCCGCGAUCGCGUCUGGACUGCCUGGACUAAGCUCCACCGCCACUGCAAAACCCCCCGCGGCUGAUGUCGCUGUAAAGGCGAAGAAUCAGGGACGCGGUGGUUGCAAGCCGCCAGCAACCGCGAUCAAAAUGGACAACGACGACGAAGACUCGGACGCGGACGACGAGGUUGAGCUGGUGCUGCAAAAGUACGUUGGGCCCUGCGAGACAGGCGACAGGAGCGGCAAGAGGAAGGGCUGUGGUAUCCGCCCCCCACCCAGGGGUGGAGAGGGGAUGGUCGGCGAACCGUGGCUUGGAGGGCGAUGUCGCUGGUUGGGUCAUCACUCCCACCAAGAGGUGCAGUACCUGACUGCGAUCGCAGUCAUGUGUUACGACAAGAAGAUAGACCCCGGGCUCAAGCUGACUGCGCAGCAGAAAAGUGAGUGGGCCGAUGACAUCUCCGCGGCCGGGGCGAUGUGCACCGGGCUUUUCGCCACCAUGCACCUCCGAAACCUUUGCGGCAAUGUUGACAGGUACCACCACAUGUUCAACGCUUACCGCGACCUCACCUGCCCCAACUCCAGCCUCAGCAACGCUGUCGCUUGGCCAGCUGCGGUGGGGAAGGAGGCGGAAGACGAGGAGCCCGAUGUCACCGGCGCCCAGGAAGCCCUGUUUGCCGGUGCGGUCGCGUGCGCAAUCGCGAUGGUGCGGGAGACGUGCAACGGUCUCAACAUCGACGGAAUCGUAGAGGCUGGAUACGUGGCGGCGCAAUCUGCAGGCACCCUAGAAGAAAAGGCCCGCGGCUUCCCCUCCAUUGUGCUGGCGGUCUUUAAGAGGGCCAGGAAGGAGAGUGCACGCACGCACACCACCGAGGUCACGCCGAAGCAGGUCGCGGAGGCGAUCGAGCCCGCGGUCGCGAACUGCCUUGGUGCUCGCCUUGGGGACCCCACCCUGGUUGGUAUAGUCGCGCACGAGGCAGUAGACGUGUUGAUGACCUGGAGCGACUGCAAGAUCGUGGCCAAGAUGAUGGAGGCUAACGGGCUCUAUCUCGCUCUGCCUGAGAAGCGUCUGUCCGCAAAGAAGAGGUCCGCGUGA